AUGGCGACAUCGCGCAUCAUAUACUUUCCUAAAGAGCAGCUUCGAGAACCCAGCCUCUUGAACCCCUUAUUCCUGCCAAGGGCCACCAUGUGUUUCCUGACAGCCAAGGGCUGGGUCAACUUCCCCACAGACCGGGAGAAGAAAGAGAAUGGACAGAGGGUGGCAAGCAAGGCCUAUCCCCAUGUGCCACCAGCAGAGUGUGAGGCCCAGCAGGAAGCGACACUGAGCACCCAGGACCUCAGUGAGGAUGACAGAAAAUGGCACAGCCCAGGGGCCCCCAUGGAUCAGGCCCUCAGAGAGGCAGUGGGCCGAACUGCCUGGAGCUCCACACCACACUUAGCCCUGGACAGAAGGCCUGACGGAACAGAGGAGACCCUCAGCCCCCAGGCACGGUUCCUGGAGGGCAGCCUGGGCCUCAGCCUGCUCAGAGCAGGUGGAGAAGGACACAAACAGCGGCUCUUGGGCACAGUGAGAAGGGUAGGCAUGCUGAGGCUGAUCCUCCUAUGGAAUUCCUGCCUCUCCCUGCCCCAUGGGGGCUAUGUGCCACAGAGCUUUGGUCAGGAAAAGAAGGCCCAAUCUCCCCCCGCCAGCACCCAGACAUUGGCAGCCCCCUGGCUGACUUUGAGGAUCUGUCCCUCUGGGAAGAUGCAGACACUCAGGAUGGUGUUCAUCGCAUUGGGCAUCUGCCUAGGUCUGUUGGCAACAUCUAUAGGAACCACAGAUGUUGCCCAGCUAGACAUGCCCAGCAAGCUGCCCUCCCACCAGCGCCAGAAGAGAGACUGGAUUUGGAACCAGAUGCAUAUUGCUGAAGAGAAAACUGCCCCACUCCCCCAUUAUGUGGGCAAGAUCAAGUCAAGCGUGAUCCGCAAGAAUGCCAAGUACCUACUCAAAGGCGAGUCGGCUGGCAAGGUCUUCAAAGUCAAUGAAGACACAGGGGACGUGUAUGCCUAUGAGAGGCUGGACCGGGAGAAGACCUCCGAGUACCACCUCACUGCCCUCAUUGUGGACAAGGAUACCAAUAAGAACCUCGAGUCUCCUUCCAGCUUCACCAUCAAAGUCCACGACGUGAACGACAAUUGGCCUGUGUUCCCCUACCGAGUGUUCAAUGCGUCCGUGCCUGAGCUGUCCACUAUGGGGACCUCAGUCAUCCGUUUGACAGCGGUGGAUGCAGAUGACCCUACAGUGUCAGACCACGCUUCUGUCACAUACCAAGUCCUGAAAGGAGAUGACGUAUUUGGCAUUGAUGAUUCUGGAGUAAUUUUCACAAAAACGGCAAACUUGGACCGAGAAACACAGGCAAAAUACGAAAUAGUGGUGGAGGCACGAGAUGCCCAGGGACUCCAUGGGGAAUCAGGAACGGCCACCGUACUGGUCACUCUGCAAGACGUCAAUGACAACUUCCCCAUCUUCACCCAGAACAAAUACACGUUUGCUGUGCCGGAAGACAUCCGCGUGGGCAGCCCUCUGGGUUCUCUGUUUGUUGAGGACCCUGAUGAACCCCAGAACCGGAUGACCAAGUACAGCAUCGUGCAAGGCGAAUACAAGGACACCUUUACCAUCGAGACGGUCGCUACCCAUAACGAGGGCAUCAUCAAACCCAUAAAGCCCCUAGACUAUGAGCGCAUCCAACAUUACAGCUUCACCAUCGAGGCCAUGGACCCCACCAUCAACCUUCGCUACCUGGACAGCAACUCCCACAGAAACACCGCCCGCAUCUUCAUCAACGUCACAGAUGUAGAUGAACCGCCCGUCUUCCAGAAACCUUUCUACCACUUCCAACUGCGUGAGAACCAAAAGAAACCUCUGAUUGGCUCAGUGCUGGCCACGGACCCUGACGCGGCUCGGCGUGGCAUUGGAUAUGCCAUCCGAAGGACCAGUGACAAGGGCCACUUCUUCCGAGUAACCAAACAAGGGAACAUUUACAAUGAGAAAGAGCUGGACAGAGAAAUCUACCCCUGGUAUAACCUGACUGUGGAGGCCAAAGAACUGGAUUCUAGUGGGAACCCCACAGACAAGGAAUCCAUUGUACAAGUCCACAUUGAAGUCCUGGAUGAAAAUGACAAUGCCCCAGAGUUUGCCCAGCCCUAUGAGCCAAAAGUGUGUGAGAACGCAGCCUCAGGCCAGGUGGUCGCGCGGAUCUCAGCUAUAGACAAGGAUAUCACACCGCAAGAUGUGAAGUUCAGAUUCUCCCUGCGUAAUGAGGACAGCAACUUCACCCUCACGGACAAUCGGGACAACACAGCCAACAUCACUGUUAAGUACGGGCAGUUUGACCGCGCGCGUGUCAAGAUCCACUACCUGCCUGUGCUCAUCUCAGACAACGGCAAGCCCAGCCUCACGAGCACCAACACGCUGGCCGUGGCGGUAUGCAAGUGCAAUGAGCACGGCGAGUUCACCUUCUGUGAAGAGGCUGUGGCGCAGGUGGGCGUCAGCGUCCAGGCGUUGGUAGCCAUCUUCCUCUGCAUCCUCACCAUCGCAGUGAUCACCCUCCUCAUUUUCCUGCGACGGCGGCUCCGAAAGCAGGCCCGCGCGCACGGCAAGAGCGUGCCCGAGAUCCAUGAGCAGCUAGUCACCUACGACGAGGAGGGCGGCGGAGAGAUGGACACCACCAGCUACGACGUGUCCGUGCUCAACUCGGUGCGUCGCGGUGGGCCCCAAUCCCCGCGCUCUCCUAACUCGCGGCCGACGCUCUACCGGCCGGUGCAGAAGCCGCCGCGGCGCGGGCCCAGCAUGCACAGUGCGCCGGGCGAGAUGGCGGCCAUGAUCGAGGUAAAGAAAGACGAAGCGGACCACGACGGUGACGGGCCCCCUUACGACACGCUUCACAUUUACGGCUUCGAGGGCUCCGAGUCCAUUGCCGAGUCGCUCAGCUCCUUGGUCACCGACUCAUCUGACUCGGACAUCGACUACGACUUCCUCAAUGACUGGGGCCCCAGGUUCAAGAUGCUGGCGGAGCUGUAUGGCUCAGACCCCCGGGAGGAGCUGCUGUACUAG